UGGCAGCCUUGACUCUGUCAUCGCACUUCACGUGUUUAUGUUUUCUCGCGUGUGUGCUCAACCCUUGGCAAUUUCUCCAGUUUUCGCAAUAUCGUAGGCAACAUUUAAGGUGUAAUCGCAAUGAGGAGACUUAAGAAGUAUGAUACCGGCACCGCGACGCACUACGUGACCCGCAGACAGGCGCUAAACAAACUGCAGCUCAGCUUGAAUGACUUCCGUCGGCUUUGCAUCAUCAAGGGGAUUUAUCCGAGGGAGCCAAAGAACCGGCGGAAGGCUCAGCGUGGCGCCUCGGACAUCAAGAUUCUCUACCACGCCAAGGACAUUCGUUUCUUACUACACGAGCCAAUUGUGUGGACACUCCGGAAGUACAAGAUCUUCAAUCGCCAGGCAGACCGAGAUCGCGCUCUCAAGGACUUCCAGAAGCUGCGGAGACGUCUUGACCGCUAUCCUGAACUCAAGAUUGACCACAUCGUUAAGGAGCGCUAUCCCACGUUCAUCGACGCUGUCAAGGAUCUGGACGAUUGUCUGACGCUCCUCUUCCUGUUCAGCACGUUUCCCUCGCUGAAGUUCGUGCCGCGCAGCCAAUCGAGCCUCUGCCGGCGACUCACAGUGGAGUUUAUGCACGCGAUAAUCGCAGCCAAGGCGCUCCGGAAGGUGUUCAUCUCCAUCAAGGGAUACUACUUCCAGGCCAGCAUCAAGGGCCAGAUGGUGACGUGGAUCAUUCCGCACUACUACCCAUUCAAGCCGCAGCCCAAGGAAGAGGUGGACUUCAAGGUGAUGUCGAUCUUCGUGGAGUUCUACUCAAUAAUGCUUGGCUUUGUGAACUUCCGCCUCUACCACGGUCUCAAUCUCCACUAUCCGCCCCAGAUGCCCUCCAGUGUCACGGAACUGUCUGAGGAGAGCGCCAAGAGCGAGGCCGCCUUCGUGUCUGAGCGCAUCGCGGCGCUCAACAUGGACAUCCUGAAGACAGUCGCCACGGAGGCGGACGCUGCCGAAGAGGAUAUCGACAUGGACUUGCUGGCGUCGACAUCUGAGCAGUCUGACAAAAUGGACAAGAUCCGUGCGGAGGCUAUUGAGGAGAAACGACUGAAGAAUCUGUUCGAGGGCCUCAAAUUCUUCAUCAAUCGCGAGGUUCCGCGAGAGCCUCUGGUUUUCAUCAUCCGCUGCUUCGGUGGCACUGUGUCCUGGGACAAGGUGCUCUUCCCCGGAGCCAGCUUCGAUGAGUCAGACGAGAGUAUCACUCACCAAAUCGCCGACAGACCCAACAUGGGCAAGCAGUACAUCUCCCGGGACUACAUUCAGCCACAGUGGAUCUUCGACUGUGUCAAUCGACGCACGCUCUUGCCCACGAAUUUGUACUUCCUGGGCGUGGAAUUGCCUCCGCACUUGUCACCCUUCACAGCCGAAGAAGCUGACAAUUCAUACGUGCCGCCAGAGCAAAAGGCGCUCACGGAGGAUCAGGAAAUGAGCGAGGAAGAGAAGCUGAGUGAUUCAGAGGAGGAAGAGGAGGAGGAGGAGUCGGCCGAAGAGGAGCCCAAGGAGACGAAGCCGAAGGGGAAGAAGCUGAAGAGCAGGAAUGAGCAGAACAAGUCGGAGAAGUCCACUGACGCUCAGCUGGAGAAGGCGUACUGGCAGGAGAGGAAGGAAGCUGAGGCGGAGGAUGACGAGGAGGACUCGGGGAAGGCAAAGGAGAAGCGGAAAGAGGAACUGAAGCAAAAGAUGACGGUGAAGACUGGCGAAGUGCACAAGGAGGACGCUGAGCAGGUGAAGAAGCAGGAAAUCCAGGAGCAGAGACUGCAUGCGCGAAUGGUGAAGCCGCGUCAUCGCAAUCUCUUCCGGAAGCUGCUCAAGGACAAGCUGACGAAGAACAAGGAGCGUCGCAUUCUGGAGAACAAGCGCCAGCGCAUCGACACAGAGAAGAAGCAGCAGAAGAAGAAGCGCAAAAUUGCAGGUUGAUUCUUAAUGUUUAUUAUCCCUAAAUAUGUACAUUGUUAUGCUCUUCGCACGCUCUGCGUCUCAGACUCACUACCUGAGUGUAAAAAAUAGGAAAACAAAUAAAUUAAAAUGAGAACGCGAUGCGAAAUCGCUUCCUCUCAACAAA